AUGGAUGAUCUUGCAAGGGCCGAAUACCCUGCCAUGCUGGCACACCUCCAGCCGACGCAGGCCGUUAAUGUCCUGAACGAUCGCGUGAAGAGAAUAACCAGGAUCAACACCGAGAUCGCAGACUGGUUGCAGGUAACACACUGGAAACUAAACAAGCCUUUACAGGAGCGCCGACGGGUCGAGGAGCAAUAUGUUCAGGGCCUCAGAAAGCUGCUCACUUUCAAAGUUCCUAACCACCAGUCAGAGCUUGGUGUUUUCUCUGGCCCCUGGGACAAGAUUUUACAAUCCGUCGAUGCGACCGCCCACUCCCACCACCUUUUCUCGAGCCAGCUAGACAAAGAUGUCGAGGGUCCCCUGCGCAACUUUCAGUCUCGGAAAGAGAUGCAGAACAUGCAGACCAUCUCCGCCAACCUGACCGCCAUGGCUCGAGAUCUCGAGGAGGCACAGAAGAAGACGGAUGCAUUGACUAAGAAGGGCCCGAAGACGAAUGCCCAGAAAAUGGCCGAUGCCACCGCCAAACUCGAACAGGCCACUCAGCAAUGGGAUUCCCAGGCCCCCUUCAUCUUUGAGACCCUUCAAGCACUUGACGAACAGCGAGUGAACCAACUGCGCGACCUCUUGACCCAGUAUCAGACCCACGAAAGCGAUCAGGCGCAGCGAGCCCAGACCAAGGCUGCCGACACGUUGGCUGCGAUGCUGGAGAUCAGCACCGAGCAGGAAAUUGCGAGCUUCAAGGAGAAGGUCGUUUCUGGAAGACCGAAGAUGGAGAAGAGGGUCACAACAUCGAGGCAAUCUUCGGGUCUCCCGGCAAGCCAGACUUUGGCACCGCCGCCAUCUAGCUCGGGACAUCACGAUGACGACACAAGUGAUUAUUCGGUACCUGUUGAAAACAAGACUGAGUCGAAAUUGCGUAGUCGAAUUGGCACGAUGCUCGGUCGGCGCCGACAGAGUAUACACGGCGGAUUCGGGCCGAUAUCUCCACAGAAGACCGGCGGCGGCGCUCCCUCGUUCGGCCGUGGUCUUAGUAGCAGCCACAGCAACACUCAUGUUCGCUCAGGUCUCUCUCCUAGGGCCUCUUCGAAUAACUUGGCCGAGACGAACAACCGACUAUCUGCUCUGCAGGAAACUCCCGACUCCCCUAGGCCACCCCAGUCAGCCGGUAAUGAUAGGCCAACGACCCACGAAGGCACCAAUGGCUUCGGAGAAGUGCCAGAAUCCGCUCGGUUGGGUUCAUCCGCUGGCACAGUCAAUGGAACCCACGAUACCGAUGCCCUGGAUGUGCCUCCUCCUGCAGGACCACCUCCAUCGCAAGCUAAGGAGCCUGAAGCCAAGGACUCUGAGGGCUUCACGAUCCCCCCACCUGCGGAUGACCCGAUAUCCCAGGCCCAGCGCGAGGCUGCGGAGGACAGUGAGCAAAUGUUUAAGCUUAACAUCCAGAGCUCGCCCAUUGCGGAAGAGGACGCCGACGCCAAGGAGGCUGCCCUGUCGAACGUUGCCAACACCUUGACACAAAUGGCCGCCCCAUCACGCAAAAUGGGAACGGUGCGAGGCCGGAGAGACGUGAGGAACACUAUAUAUGUGCCGCCGCCAAACGUCCCCGAGCUGACCAACGAUAACCCGUUCCCGACAUCUCCCUCACUACCCAGCCAGUCAUCCAAGCCAACGACCGUGGCCGCACUUGCGUCGGAGGCAAGUAUUGCAGCGACGUCAGAUACCCAAUCUAUUCGGUCAGCGAAUUCACUCAUGAGUCUUGCUCACUUGAAGCAUCCUGAGAUGCAUGAGCCUGGUCUCAACGCGUCGAUCAUUGAGACUGUUUCCGCAACAUUUGAAGAUGGAGAGGUGAAGAAUGCCAAGGUUCACGGCGAGAUUGCUUUCGCGUACCAUGCCACUGGCGAUGCUGCUCAGGACCGCGAGACUAUCCGUAUCAACAACUUCCCCAACUUGGAAGUCAUUGGACCGAACCGUAUCUUCGUCCAGAACAGCUCUGACAAACCUGAUGAGUUCCAUCUGGAUGUGUCGCACCUCAACAAGACAGCUACUGCGUUUACAUAUCGCGUACACACCGGGGAGUCUGGAUUGGGAGCUCACGUGCCUUUGUUGCUCCGUCCUGCCUGGAAGCCCCAGGGCGACAAGCUUGGUCUCCUUUUGCAGUACUCGCUCAAUCCCGCUUGUAAACUGACGGCACCCGUCACGCUCCAGAAUGUCGUGCUUGUCGCUACAUAUGAAGGUGCUAAGGCAUCUGGAGCGCAGACUAAGCCGUCAGGAACCCAUCUCAAGGAGAAGCAUCUAGUGUACUGGCGCCUCGGAGACUUGACCCUUACAGCUGAGACACAGAAGAUUGUCUGCCGCAUUAUUGGUGCCGAAAACGCCGAGCCCAAGCCGGGACACAUCGAGGCUAGAUGGGAAUACACUCCCGAGUCACUCAGCAGCGGCAUCUCCAUUUCGAGAGUGGAAGAGACGAAGGGCAAGGGCAAGGAGGAGGAGGCUGACCCCUUCGCGGACGAUAAUCCAACAUCACCUGCCCUGCCAGCCGACCAGCAGUGGGUAGACGUUAAAGUAGUGAAGAAGAUCACGAGUGGCAAGUACGAGGCCAAGUGA